AUGGUAACAAGUCAUAAGAUGAUUGAAAAUGAAAUGGGUUAUCGCGGAUCUAAGUCAGAAUUAAAUUCUGUAAAAGAGCAACGAGUAGACGGUAGUUGGAGCAUUAAAGCCAUUUCCAAUAAAAAAAUGCUCUUAAGGUGUACUCUAAUGGGUUUCGAAAGAAAUUAUCCAGUCAAAAUCUCUUCUAAACAAUUAAAUAAAUCUUUUUCUACGGUAUCCGCAAUUGCGGAAAGUGGGGUAAAAACUUUAAAUCCUUGGUUUGUUUCAGGAUUUGCCGACGCUGAAUCUAGCUUUAGUACUUCCAUAUAUAAAAACAAUAAAUUAACAACCGGUUAUCGUGUAAAAUCUUCUUUUUCAAUUGGUUUAAAUCAACGAGAUAGUUUUAUAUUAUAUCAGGUACAAGAAUUUUUUGGUGGUAUAGGUACAAUUCGUUUAGAUAAAACAGCUAAUGCGGUAAAGUAUUCAGUAGAUAAUCUUAAAGAUUUAAGAAAUAUUAUUAUACCUCAUUUUAAAAAAUAUCCACUUAUUACACAAAAGGCAGCUGAUUUUAUAUUAUUUGAACAAAUAGUUGAACUAAUGCACGAAGGUGCACAUAUUACUAUUGACGGUUUACAACAAAUAAUUAAUAUUAAAGCAUCAAUGAAUUUAGGUAUUUCUGAAACUAUCAAAUCAGAGUUUAAUCAAACUAAACCAGUAAAAAGAACAAUUAUUCAAACUACUAAUAUACCUAAUCCAAAUUGGAUUACGGGUUUCGUUAGCGGUGAAGGUAAUUUUGAUGCUGGUAUUAGAAAAUCAACGAAUAUAGUAGGUUCUCGAGUAUAUUUAAGAUUUAGACUAACACAACACACAAGAGAUACCCAAUUAAUGGAGUUAAUAAUAAAAUAUUUAGGUGUAGGGAGACUUGAAAAAGAUUCAAGAAACCGUGUUGUAACUAUAGUAGUAGGUAAUUUUUCAAACUUAACUGAAAUAAUUAUACCUUUCUUUAACCAAUACCCUAUUCUAGGUGUUAAACACUUAGAUUAUCAAGAUUGGUGUAAAAUUGCUAAUUUAAUAAGUCAAGGUUCACAUCUUACAAUUGAAGGAUUUGAAGAAAUUCGGGUAAUUGAAGCUAGAAUUAACCAAGGUAGAAAAAAUAAAAAGAUUAUAUAA